AUGCCUGUUCCACGCCAGGUCUAUCUGCUCCCAUUGAAGGACGAUGGCUCCCCAGACGUGCCCGGAGGUUAUAUCUACCUUCCUCCGCCCACCAAUCCUCCGUACUCCGUUCGCUUCGUGAUCGAGGGUAGCAGCUCGAUCUGCAGGGAAGGAAGCCUGUGGAUAAAUAUUCCCGAGGACGGGAAGCCCUUCAAUCGCUCGGCAUUCCGAAGUUUCAGGUUACAUCCAGACUUCAAUAAGAACAUCCAGAUCGAUAUCCCAAUCACCUCUCCAGGAUCUUUCGCGUUCUACACUGCCUAUUCCCCGCUUCCGGACUUCUCCGUUGCUCCAGUUGAGACGUCCGAACCAGUCAAGACCCCAACGCAUUACAUUGAUGUUGCACCCAGGCUACUUCUUGGUGGCCGUGACCUUCCUCUAAAUGCUCUUUCAAUAUUCUCCGUGAUCUCUAAGUUCAUGGGUAGAUACCCAACGGAUUGGGAGAAUCAUUUGAAUGGAAUCAGCCAGCGCAACUACAAUAUGGUUCAUUUUACGCCCUUGAUGAAACGCGGAGCCUCGAAUUCCCCCUACAGUAUUUUUGAUCAACUCCAAUUUGAUGAGACUCUAUUCCCCAACGGAGAGGACGAUGUAGCUCAAAUGGUCAAGAAGAUGGAAGUAGAUCACGGGCUCUUGUCGCUAACAGAUGUUGUAUGGAACCACACUGCUAAUAACAGCAAAUGGCUUGAGGAGCACCCUGAGGCUGGUUAUAGCGUCGAGACUGCUCCAUGGCUGGAAGCAGCGUUGGAGCUAGACACUGCUUUGUUACAGUUUGGAGAAGACCUUCAAACCUUGGGUCUUCCAACAGAAUUCAAGACUGCUGACGAUCUGAUUGUUGUGAUGAACGUACUUCGUGAACGAGUGAUAAGCGGCUUGAGGCUAUGGGAAUACUAUGUGGUUAAUGUUAAAGCGGACACCCGAAGGAUCGUUGACAAAUGGACAAAAUGUCCAGGUAUCGAUCUGGAAAGCGAUCAAUGGUCACGGUUUGCUCUCAAGGACUUCAAAGACCUAACUCUUAAGGAGCAAGCAAGCUUUGUCCGUGAGCACGCAAUCCCAACAUCUAAGAGUAUACUUGGAAGGUUUACUCGGGCAGUCGAUGACCACCUCGGUGCGGCCAUUUUAACUGCGCUGCUUGGUCCUGCAGAUUCCAACCAUGAUGAAGCAGAGAGCAGAUUUACCCAAUUGCUCGACGAGGUGAAUCUGCCUUUUUACACAGAAUACGACGCAGACGUAUCCGAGAUAAUGGAGCAAGUCUUCAAUCGCAUCAAAUACCUGAGAAUAGAUGACCAUGGACCAAAGCUUGGUUCUGUCACUAAAGAGAGCCCACUUAUUGAGACAUAUUUCACAAGACUGCCCGUCAACGAAGUUACUAAGCAGCAUAAGUCGACGGCUCUUGCGCUUGUGAAUAAUGGGUGGAUAUGGAACGCCGACGCGUUGCGGGAUAACGCUGGACCGGACUCGAAGGCCUAUUUGCGACGCGAAGUCAUUGUGUGGGGUGAUUGUGUGAAGCUAAGAUAUGGCAACUGCCCUGAGGACAGUCCAUUUCUUUGGGAGUUCAUGACUAAAUACACUCGCCUAAUGGCUAAGUAUUUCUCGGGAUUUCGGAUUGACAAUUGCCAUUCAACGCCGUUGGGAGUCGCAGAGUAUCUGUUGGAUGAGGCACGAAAAGUUCGACCCAAUUUGACGGUUUUCGCUGAGCUCUUCACGGGCUCCGAAGAAGCUGAUUAUGUUUUUGUCAAGAGACUAGGCAUUAACGCACUCAUUCGGGAGGCCAUGCAGGCCUGGAGCACCGGUGAAUUAAGCCGUCUUGUACACCGCCAUGGGGGACGCCCUAUUGGCAGUUUUGACCUUGACUUGCCUACUGCAGGGAGCAGUCAUGCUAUAGCCUCUGCAAGUACUGAUAGCCAGGAAGAAACUAUCGCUCACAUACGCCCGUGUCCCGUCCAAGCACUCUUCAUGGAUUGUACGCACGAUAACGAGAUGCCGGCCCAAAAGCGAACAGCGGUAGAUACAUUACCUAACGCUGCAUUGGUUUCAAUGUGCGCCUCGGCUAUUGGAAGCGUCAUGGGUUAUGAUGAAGUAUAUCCCAAGCUAGUUGAUCUCGUUCACGAGACACGCCUGUAUUCCUCAGCGUUCUCAGGACCCUCGAAGGGGGAGCUAGGUUCUGAGGGUGGCAUUGGGAGCAUCAAGAAGAUCCUGAAUGAGCUUCACACUAUGAUGGGGGCUGAUGGAUACGAUGAGACACAUAUUCACCAUGAUGGAGAAUAUAUAACUGUUCAUAGAGUUCACCCGAAGACACGAAAGGGCAUAUUCUUGAUAGCACAUACUUCUUUCCCGGGCCAGGAUGGUCAUUCCAUCCUAGCACCGACUCAUCUCACCGGAACACGAGUCAAACCACUUGGGGCAUGGACAUUGGAAGUUGAAGCUGGGGAAGACGCCAGAGCAGAAGUCUUGGCGGAUAAAGACUACUUACGGGGGUUGCCUAGCACAGUUCGAGAGACUAACGCAAUUAAGGUUGAGGAACGCGGGCAUGAUACCAUCAUUUCUGUUCUGGAAUCCUUCGCGACGGGGUCAAUUGCUCUCUUCGAAACGUCCAUCCCGACAGCCGAGCAUUCCGCAGGGCUGGACUGUUACAUUACAGAAGGUGCAGAUCAGGCAUUCUCAAAACUCAGUCUGGUUGACCUUAAUUUUGUACUCUACCGCUGUGAAGCUGAAGAAAGGGAUUCUAGUGACGGUCAGGAUGGAGUAUAUGCCAUACCCAAUCAUGGGCCGUUGGUUUAUGCAGGUCUUCAGGGAUGGUGGAGCGUUCUGGAGAGCAUCAUUCGAUACAACGAACUGGGACAUCCACUCUGUGAUCAUCUCCGGCAAGGCCAGUGGGCUCUUGAUUAUAUCAUAGAACGUUUGGAGAAGGUGGCACAAAAAGACGGGCACAAUGCUCUAAACGACCCGACGUCCUGGUUACGGGAUAAAUUUAAUGCCGUUCGUGAGCUACCCAGCUUUCUCCUGCCGCGGUAUUUUGCCAUUAUUGUCCAAGUCGCGUACAACGCUGCCUGGAAGCAGGGCAUUCGGCUUCUGGGGGAGAGUAUACAGAAGGGACAAGAAUUCGUUCAUCAACUGGGCAUGGUCAGCGUCCAACAAACUGGAUACGUGAAAACCGCAUCCCUAUGGCCUACGAGAAGAGUACCAAGCCUUGCAGCUGGCCUACCCCAUUUUGCUGUGGACUGGGCUAGAUGUUGGGGUAGAGACGUUUUCAUAUCUCUUCGAGGCUUGCUUCUCUGUACUGGCCGGUUUGAUGAUGCCAAAGAGCAUAUUCUCGCCUUUGCUAGCGUCCUCAAACAUGGGAUGAUCCCUAAUCUGUUGAGCAGCGGAAAGCUUCCUCGUUACAAUUCUCGAGAUUCUGUGUGGUUCUUCCUCCAGGCUAUCCAAGAUUACACCGCAAUGGUUCCAAAUGGUAUAGAACUCCUCGGCGAGAAGGUUCCCAGGAGGUUCCUGCCGUACGAGGAUACAUGGUUCCCCUUCGACGACCCUCGUGCGUAUUCUCAGCAUUCAUCAAUAACGGAGGUCAUCCAGGAGGUUUUUCAACAGCAUGCCCGAGGGCUUUCAUUUAGAGAGUAUAAUGCUGGCCCUGAGCUCGAUAUGCAAAUGAAGCCUGAGGGUUUCCAAAUCGACGUCAAUGUUGAUUGGGAGACAGGCCUGAUAUUUGGAGGUAGUCAAUUCAAUUGUGGGACCUGGCAAGACAAGAUGGGGGAGAGUGAGAAAGCCGGAAACAAAGGAUUUCCUGGCACACCUCGAGAUGGUGCAGCCAUUGAAAUCACUGGGCUUCUCUACAGUGCUUUGACAUGGGUUGGAAACUUGUAUGAACAGGGACUUUACCCGCACGAAGGAGUAGAUAUUGGGGAUGGCAAAUCAGUCACGUUCCGAGAUUGGGCUGCCAAGAUUAAGAACAGUUUCGAGCGUUGCUAUUACAUUCCCGAGAGUCCCAAUGACGACAGUCGAUAUGAUGUUGAUACAAAGGUUGUCAACCGUCGUGGUAUCUACAAGGAUUUAUAUAAAUCCGGCAAGCCCUAUGAAGACUACCAACUUCGGUCUAACUUUCCAAUUGCCAUGACUGUGUCGCCAGAUCUCUUUGAUCCCUACAAGGCUCUAACAGCGCUUGCCCUUGCGGACUCAGUUCUUCUUGGUCCCGUUGGUAUGGCUACUCUCGAUCCAUCCGAUCUUAACUAUCGUCCCAACUAUAACAACUCAGAGGACUCUACGGACUUUACCACUUCCAAGGGCAGAAACUAUCACCAGGGGCCCGAAUGGGUGUGGCAGCGAGGGUACUUCCUCCGUGCUUUCCUGCACUUUGACCUGGCUCGCAGGGCAACACCAGAGGGACGGACAGAGACUUAUCAGCAGGUGACUCGUCGCUUAGAAGGGUGUAAGCGAGCACUCAGAGAAAGCCCUUGGAAGGGCCUCACAGAAUUGACAAAUAAAGCUGGUGCACACUGCUCUGACUCGGCUCCCACGCAAGCAUGGUCGGCAGGGUGCUUGUUAGAUCUUUACUACGAUGCUUCAAGAUAUGCCUUGAAAACAGCGUAG